AUGUCGCGAAAAAAAAUUUCAGGUUUAAAUUAUUUGUUGGUUAUAUUGAUUAGUUUGGGAUUGUGCUUAGCUGCACCAUCCCCAACAGAUCCAUAUGGAGAAACAGUUUGGCAUACAGGCGAAAAAGUAAGUAAUCUCCAAAUUCGUCGAAACCCUUACAAUGAAAAAACACCAGUUCAAAUCUUUAAUCAUUACUGCCUAAGUUAG